AUGGCAUCUUCUGGUCAACAGAUGGGCGUUGAUCCCAAUCAAACAAAUCAAUACCAAACUGCUGGAGAAACGAUGGAAAACUCCAGCGACCCUUUUGCCGACAGACGAGGAUCGGACAGUUUUGGCAAGACCACUUCCGUACCUGAGCGUAAGGGAAGUGAGGGUUCAGCUCUUGGGUCCUCCCUAGGAUCAUCGCCACCAAGAGACAGACGGAUGAGCAAAGAAUGGGACGCUGCACAAGUGCCCCCAUCGAGGUUUCAGAAGAAAGAAGGGAGCAUUUUCUCCACCGCAGGCUCCCGGGAUAGCCAUAUCACCAGAAAGGAUAGGGAUUCCCUAUAUCAUGCCAAGUUGAAGGAGAAGGUUGGUAUUGGCCUAUUUGCACUGUGGCUGGGACUGAGAGGGGCACUUUUCGUACUUUUAUGGCUAAAGAUUGCUCCCCCAUGA